AUGGCGAACAGCAAGAAAGGCGCGGCGAAGGUCCAAAAACUGCCGCAAAAUAAGUCUAUUGGAAAGCCUCAGGUUGCUCCUGGGUCUGCUUACAAGGGGUUAAGCGCAGCACAGGUCGCUGAGGCGCUGCCAAUGACCUCGUACAUCUCCGUCGUUGCCGUGCACUCCACCCUCUGGAUAUUUACGACCCUUUAUCUCCCCCGAACGACGUUCUUGAGUGAGCUAACAACGCCGGAGUGGGACUCUGUGCAGCUGUCGUCGAAAGAUCGACCACAGCACCCAUUCAUGGUGGCGUUAACGAUGAACCCGACGGUGACUCUCGCAUGCAUCUGCGCUGGUGCGGUCGUGCUGCAAGGCUGGUGGGCGGGGUGGAUGCGGAAUUGGUGGCUGGAGCUGGGCAUUCGGGCAUCGGGGGACGAAAGGAGGACCGAGAAGGCGUUCCAUGACUGUCAGAAAUUGACUAUGGUCCGGAAUGCGUGGCUAGCGACCUUCACGGCGUCUUUCAUGAUACACGUUGCUCUAGUGCUUUUCGGGGCACCUAUCGCAAGCCAUGUCUUGAAGACGUAUCUGCUUGCCUUACUCGUGUCGAUAAUGACUGUGUAUACGCCUGCCUAUGUUAUCGGCGCCCCGACAUUGGGCAACAAGUCAUUGUCCGUCGUCAAGCGGUGGACAUGGGUUCGGCUGUUCGCCGAGUUUUCGGCAAGGAAUCCCGUUGAACGUGCUCUGGUUUACCCUGUCUGUGGAACACUGUUUGGCUGUUGGUUGGGUGUGAUUCCAAUCGCCCUUGACUGGGACCGCCCGUGGCAGGCUUGGCCAUUGACACCUGCCUUUGGUGCCAUUGCAGGGUACAUCGUGUCGUCGAUGCUGGCCCUCACCAUCCAUACCGUGGUACAGCUGGCAGAGGAAAAUAUUCAGGCUCAACUCGAAGUAAAAGACUCGAAAAUGUCUUAA